UGCUUUGUCAGUUGAUGCUCUUGUAUCUCAAUGGCAACUCCAAGAUUCUGGGUUUCUUUUUCCAGGAUUCUUGUUGGGUUAUACCUUCUUUGUAUCUUCCUAGGACCCAAGGUUUUUGCAGCUGCAGAUUUUAAGGAUAUCCUGGUGGAGCCUGACAACGAUGAUCCAGAUAAGGAUGCUCAGUUUAAAGUCCUCAACCAUGAUACGAAUGAUCCUCCAGCCAAUGGUUCCGUUAGUACUGCUGGUGAUGGUGAUGGUGGAAGAUAUGAACUUUGUGGUACUGAUCUAAGUUUUCUUGGUCCACCUUAUGGCAAUAUAUCCGCUUCCAAUAUGGUUUGUUCGCCUAUAUGGCAUACCUUUGUUCUGAGGUAUUACCAGAGAGCAGACAACGUCAUGACCAUCAUAUUAUCAGCAGUCUACACAACUGGAUGGGUCGGGAUUGGUUUUUCCAGGAACGGAAUGAUGCUUGGAUCCAGUGCCAUGGUGGGAUGGAUUAAUAGAAAAGGUCAGGCAAGAAUCAAGCAAUACUACUUGCGGGGUGCCCAUGCAUCGCAAGUCAUCCCUGACAAGGGUGAAUUGCCACUUAACAAUAUUCCACCGGUCGUGGCCCUUCAUGGGGCCAUGAUUUACUUGGCAUUUCAAGCCAAGUUUGAACAUCGUCUUGGUCGGCAACCUCUUAUUUUGGCUUUUGGAAGCAGACAUCCUACUCACUUGCGCCUAACUAAACAUGAUGAUAAAACCGCCGUUUGGUUCGACUUCUCACAAGCGUCUGUUUUAGACAUAGACGUCAGCCAGAGAAAGAAUCAUGGGAUAUUGGGAAUCAUGGGAUGGGGUUUGAUCCUCCCCGCAGGGGCAAUGAUAGCGAGAUACUUAAAGCAGAAAGAUCCUCUAUGGUAUUAUCUUCAUGCUGGGAUUCAAUUUCUGGGAUUCAUCCUAGGACUCGCAGCCGUGCUCCUUGGAAUACAACUUUACAGAAGCAUGAACGCUGAUAUUCCAGCACAUAGAGGCAUAGGAAUCUUUGUGCUUGUGCUUAGCAUUCUUCAGAUAAUGGCAUUUUUUCUACGGCCCAAUAAAGAUUCCAAGUACCGGCGAUACUGGAACUGGUACCACCAUUGGUUUGGAAGGAUGACCCUCUUUUUUGGAGCUUUGAAUGUAAUAUUGGGAAUUCAAUUGGCAGGAGCUGGGGAUGACUGGAAGAUUGGCUAUGGGUUUCUUCUUGCAAUAACUCUAAUUGCAGUUAUUCUUUUAGAAGCAUUCUCGUGUAUGAGAAGAAGAGACAAGUCUGGUCUGCCUCCGACCUUCCAAAUGAAUCCAAUUUAGUAGCUCAUGUUCCAAUAUUCUCAAUACUUUGAUGGAACUGAGGGGUUUUGAUUGAUCAUGUAUCUGAACGGAGUGUUCAGCAUUGCACCAAUUAGCCUUGAAGAAGCCAAGCCAUGUGUAACUACAUUGUUCAACUGAGUUUAGCUUGUGAACCUGCUAUACAAGCCAUUUCAUGUGUGAGCUUUCUUCGUGUGAGAAGUGAUUAAAUAGCUUCAUAUUUGCGUGCCAAGUUGAACCAUAUUCCAAUUUCAAUUUUUCCUUGGACAGAACUAGGGACUCAGUUUUCUCUGUCAAGUGUAAUUGUAACCUUUGUCGCAAAAUGAAGAUGCAUUUGUCUUUUGUGGUCAGGAAAUGAAGUUCCAUUAAAGAGAUAUCUUGAGCGAUUUUUGAUUUA